CUCCGCGGGGCAUGCCGGGAAGGCUGGGAGCCGCCGGUGGCGGCGGGGGGAUUCCUCCUCCUCCUCCUCCUCCUUCUCCUCUUCCUCCGCCGAUAUGAACGAAGCGGUGGUGCGGCAGACACAGGAGUCCUUAGGCCGAGUGAUCCGCAAGCCCCCGAUGAGCGAGCGGCUGCUGAACAAGCCGCCGUUCCGCUACCUGCACGACGUGAUCACCGAGGUAAUUAGAGUGACAGGUUUUAUGAAAGGACUUUACACGGAUUUUGAAUUGAAAUCAGAUAAUGUUAAGGAUAAAGAUGCCAAAAUCAGCUUCCUUCAGAAGGCAAUUGAUACUGUUGUCAUGGUAACAGGAGAGCCACUGUCAGUGAAACCAGCGCGUGUGGUGGCUGGACAUGAACCUGAAAAAACCAAUGAAUUCCUUCAAGCAAUUGGGAAGUGUUGCUUGAACAAGCUGUCUAGUGAUGUUGCUGUAAAAAAGGUCUUAGCUGGGGAAAAACCUGAAUCUAAAGGAAAACCUCCAUCCUCUAAAUCUCAAGAUAAGGAAAUCAGAGAGUCUACAACAGAGGAACAAAAAAAACAUAGAGAAAAAGAGGAUAGAAGAGACACUGAAAUUAAAGACAGAAGCUCGAAAGACCGAAAACAUAAAGGAGAUUUGAAAGAGGGUGAAAAAAAAAAAAAGGAAAGUGAUAAACAGAAGAAUAAUGAAGACAGGCACAAAGACUCUGAAAAAGACACCUUUAAGGAAGCAGAAAAACAAGAAAAGGAAAGAAACAGAAGCAGAGCAACCAAGCAAGAAAGAGAAACAGAAAGAAACAGGGGGAAAGGAGAUACAGAACAAGAAGAUGAUCUUGCACAUGGAAGAAAAGGGCAGGAAAGAGAGAAAAAAAAUGAAGGAGGAAGAGAAAAGGGUGUAUUGAAAGGAAGAGACAAGGAUAAAUCUAGGGACAGAGAACGUGAGAAAGAUGGGGACAGAGGAAAAGAUAGGGAAAAGGAACGACAAAGGGACAGAGAAAAAGAUGGGGAACAUUUAAAAGAACACAGAAGGGAGAAAGCAGAAAAAAAGUCUGCAGAUUUUGAGGAAUCCAUGCUUAGAAGAACACAGAAGCCAACUAAAGACAGCAAGUGCCAGCCAGAUGAUGAGAAUGAAAGUCCUGCAGGAAUAUCAAGGCAGCCUUCAACAAAAGGAUCAAGGCAACGCGCCAAGCCCGGAGGAGAAGGAAUCAAGGAAACAAAAAGUGUGGCAGAUAAGAUUUCAGAGCACAACAUUGCUAAACUGCAAGAGGAAGCUGAACCAGAAUUUGCAGUAAAACAGAAAGAAGGAGAAUCAGAAAAUUUGGCUCCUGAAAAGCCUGCAGUAUAUGAAGAUGGGGAAGUACCUAAUGAUGUUCCACCUCAGCCCAGCCAAAGACGCAUUCCCCGUCCUAGCAGCGCGAGACCAGCACCUCCCCGAGUAAAACGUCAGGAAAGUGCAGAGGUCUUACUUCCAGAAAGGAGUGGCAGUGGUAAAACAGUCUCAAAUGUGAUUGUAGACCAGCAUGUUUCUGGUGAUGAGGAUGAUGAGUUUGUGGUGGAGUCAGCUGUGCUGCUGCCAGAAAUGCCAGAGAUGGAAAUGGAGCCAGAAGUGGAGCUGGUUGAGGAUGAAAAGCAUGGUGGGCUUGUAAAACGACUCCUAGAAACAAAAAAAGAUUAUGAAGCAUCAAAGAAAUCAUCCAAGGUAACAGACAGGGAGAAGCCUUUGGUUUUGGAAGCAGACAGGAAAAAAGAGAGAGACUUGGUAGCCAAAGAAAUUGAGAAGUUUCAGGUCUCUAUUCAGACCCUGUGCCGGAGUGCCCUUUCGCUUGGCAGGAUCAUGGAUUACAUCCAGGAGGACAUGGAUGCCAUGAAGAAUGAGCUGCAGAUGUGGAGGCAGGAAAACAGACAGCAUGCAGAAACUCUGCAGAAAGAGCAAAGCAUCACAGACAGUGCUGUAGAACCAUUAAAAGCUGAACUGGCUGAACUGGAACAGUUGAUUAAAGACCAGCAAGACAAGAACUGUGCUGUAAAAGCUAAUAUUUUAAAGAAUGAAGAUAAAAUCCAGAGGAUGGUCCUUAACAGAAAUGUGUCUUCAAGAAGGUGAAGAAGAGGGGAAAAAAGACUUGGGACAGACUGACAUUUCUACCAAAUAAAACCAAAAAUAGCAGAGAAGAUUGAGAUAUGCCUUGUUUAGCUGUAAAAUGGUUAGGGAGAAGAAAUGUAAAAAUUAUAUAAAAUCCCAUUAUUGCAUUGAUCUUUAGAUGUUGAUAUUACCCAGGAUAAAAUGAAAUUCAUUUGAAUGCUCAAGUUGCAAAGCCAUUAAAAGAACUUGUUUGUUUAGA